CCAAUUCCAACCAACCAAAACCCCACGAAACUGGGAGACAACAAAAUAAAAUAAAAACAGAAGCCAUCGGAAUUUUCGAGGAAAUUAAAGUUGAAACCUUUUAUCUCUAUUUUAAUGGCAAUCCUUACAACCCUCUCUUUCUCCGAACUGCCCUCCCCGAAGAUCCCACCUUUCUCCUCCAUCUCCCGCUCCCCUGCUCUCCUCAUCUCGUCCCGCAUUCGCAGGAACUCGUCGAACCUCGUCGCCCGGCACCGGAGACGAGCUCGCCGGAAGAACCCGCCGGAGCAGCCGCGGCCGCCGCCGGGUAACGACAUGUUCACCGCCGUCCAGAUGCCGGCGGCCCCUCGCCGGUGGGACGAGGAUCAUGACCGGUUGCUGAAUUCUAUGGGGGCAGGAAAUGGCGAUACGUUGACAGCAAACAAUGACAGAGAAACAAGCACUUCCACUAAAAAUGUUCUUCGCAAGGAAAAAAGCUAUACGAGUUCAAUAAGUUUUUUGGGGUCGACUUGUCCCCAGACAAUGUUGCAGUUGCGAUGGUCUAUUUUGUUCAAGGUGUCUUGGGCCUUUCAAGAGCAUGCAAUCUGUAUGUUCCAGCAGUCUGAAGAUAGAAACUCAGUGACCUUUUCCUCUGAUAGUUGUUAUGCCUCUGUACUUUCCUUAAUACUUGAGAAGAUUCUCUUGUAUCUAUUUUUCAUUUCUGGGGGAAUUAUUCACGAACUAGAUGGUCGUUGCUGCGACUCCGUCCCACUUUCUGGUUACCGAAGAUCAUUACUUGGUUCUUCUGGGAGCACUUUCAUCGAGCUUACAAUGGUCACCUAG